GCGCUGCAGGGUCGCGGCCGAAGUGAAGCCGGAUGUCUUACUGAAGGCUCUUGAAGCACCACAGGCUGAAAGAUGUCUGAGGAAGAGUCGGACGGCACGUUCACUGACUCCCAGGGGGAGGAGGAAGGCGAGCUGCCAGUCAUCCAACUGUGCGGGCUGGUAGAGGAGCUCAGCUAUGGAAACUCUGCUCUCAAAACAGAAACAGAGAUGUUCGAGAAAUAUUACUCUCGACUGGAACCCAGGGACCACCGAAUGCCACGGUUAUCAGAUAUUAAAAUAUCAGCAGCAGAAUUUUCACAGCUACGAUCUAGGCGUAAAUCCAAGACCCGUGGAGGUCUGGAUCGUACGGCAGGCCUCACUGUAGAGCAAAAGCUCGAUCUUGUACAGAAGGAGCUGGAAGACACAAGAGAUGAAAUCCGGCACAUGAGGGCUAAUGCAGAACGGGACCUGCAGCAUCAUGAGGCUAUCAUCGAGGAAGCUGACAUUCGGUGGAAUGAAGUUCAGAGAGCGGUGCAUGAAUUUGAAAAAGACAUCCUGAAAACCAUAUCCAAGAAGAAAGGGAGCAUUCUGGCCACUCAGAAAGUGAUGAAGUACAUCGAGGAUAUGAACCGUCGCAGGGAUAGUAUGAAGGAUAAAUUGUGUUUGAAAAAUGUUUCUCUCAAAGUUCAAAGGAAAAAGAUGCUUUUACAAUUGAGGCAGAAGGAGGAGGUGGGCGAGGCCCUGCACGAUGUUGACUUUCAGCAGCUGAAAAUCGAGAACGCUCAGUUUUUGGAGACGAUUGAAGCAAGGAAUCAAGAACUGAUCCAGCUGAAGCUGGCCUCUGGGAAUACCCUGCAGGUUCUCAACAGUUACAAAAACAAGCUUCAUCGGGCAAUGGAGGUCUACAUCAAUCUGGACAAGGAGAUCUUGCUGAGAAACGAGCUACUUGGGAAAAUUGAAAAAGAAACCAUACAAGCAGAGGAGGACAGGGCCAAAGCCCAUAUCUUGAACAAUAAGUUACGGAAGCAGCUGGCUGAGUUCCGGGCUCCACAGGUGAUGAUGUACGUCAAGGAGAAGAUUCUGAAUGGGGAACUGGAGAAGACCAUCAAGAUGUGGGAGCGGAAGGUGGAGAUCGCGGAGAUGUCCUUAAAAGGGUACCGAAAGGCCUGGAAUAAAAUGAAGACUUCAGAUGAGCAGCUGCAGAUGAUCCGGCCCCCCGGGAAAUAGCUAAGAGCAGCCGGCAGUUUGUAAACCAAGAAGUGACCCAUUAAAUAAAGUUCUCUAUUUUUUCCAUU